UUUUGGUACUGCCUCAAACAGCCCCUUCUCUGGGCCCCGCUCAUAGUGGGCGUGGCCUGGUAUUGCUCCUCAGGCGCUGGGAUAUGGCGUAACCAUGGGCAGUAAGAUGGCGGCUGCCACUAGAGUCGUACAGGUAGUCAAGCCACAUACUCCCUUAAUAAAGUUCCCAGACAGAAAAAGUAGUCCCAGACCUAAAAUACUGGAAUCUCUACAAACAAGUAUGCCAUCUCUUGGUGCUUCAAAAGCACAGGAGUCUGUAGGAGGCAGAUCACCAGGAUUUCAAAAUAUUUCACCAGUUAGGAGAGUACAAGGUAUACCAGACACUUCUGAAUCAACAAGAACCUUACCUCAGAAAUACAGACGAAAACUAAUGUCAGAUGAAGAGAUUGAAUAUAUUCAAUUUCAUUUCCAGGUUGGGCCAAAGGCAACAGUUAUUCUGGCACACCCAGAUGGGACAAGCAAACCUGGUACCCUUCCUCCGGAUCAGAAACAUCCUGCAAGGAAUUCUUUCCUGCUGGCAAUCUAAAGAAUUCCAUGCAGCAGCCUGAGGUUGUGAGGCCAUGGUUCCAAGAUCCCGCAGGAGGUAAUAUAAAGGUAGCUCUUUUUGCUGUGUAGUAUGUAGUUCAUAUCUGUGUGUGUAUUGUGUAUGUAUUGUGUAUCUGUUAAAGGUCAGUAAUUGCUAGCAGUCCUAGGACAACCCAGCGUUGGGGGGGGGGGGGGGGGGGGGAAGAAUUUGCUUUUGGAAUGGUUUCUCAAAGUUUUUUGUUUCAUCACUUUUACAACCUGCCCCAGAUCAGCUGGAGGGGAGGCGGAGCUUGCAUGUGUAUGUGUGUGUUUGCCACUGGUAUCUUGGUUUACAAGACAGGUGUCUGCUAGGGAAGGCAGAAAAGCUUCCCUUGGAAUGGAGAAUGUAAACCCCCUCCCUCCGAAUUAUUAGACUUUUGAAAGUAAGGGCAAAGAUAUGGGAAGAAGAAUAACAUUUAUUUACUAGUAUGUAUAAUAAAGCAAACAAACAACAACUAUGGCAUUAACAACAAACAGAACCAGGAACCCAGUGACAGCCUUUUCGGCUGUGGCACUUUCCCCUUUGGUGUAGUUACGGUCACAGCCGGCGGGGGUACUGGCAGGCUCCCGGUGGACAGGACAGGUGCGGUGAUCCCCACGUGGCUGCAGGGGGUGCUCCAGCGUGGGCUCGGGGAGCACGCGGCAAUGGCAGCUCAGCCAAGACAGGAAGGGAUGGAAGAGGCUUUGCUUCACAAAUCCUUGGGGCAGUCGAUUCUGGUGCCCCUAGCAGGACUCUCAGAAGCAGCAGGCUGGAACAGCAGGGAUGAGCAGAAAUCCCAGGGCGGUGGACGAGAAUGUAUCAACUGUCCAUGGCAAUAGCUGGAACCUGCGGGAUGUCCUGGUAGGGCAGGGGGAUGUGGGGCCCAGCAGCAGAAAAAAGGUUCCCUGCUGGGUUAUGGUGGUGUCAGCGAACUCCUUUCCCCAAGCCGCAGGUCCGACCGUCCUACAAAGCCUGGCAGCAAGAGCGAGGCUGCCCCCAACCCCAUCUCUUUCUUACCUGCCCCCAUUCUCGCGGUAUCUCUGCCCCCCCCAAGGGAAACUCCCAGAAACCAAAGACAUUCCCCCUCCCCGUCCAUCUCAAGCAUCCAGAUAUUGUAAAUCAAGGGCGACUCAGACGUUGGUGAGGGAGAGAAAAUGAUGAGGAGGCCCCCAGCUUAUCAGAAGGCUAAAUAAUUACUUUCUUAUUCUAUAUUAUAUACAUUGCAUCUAAACUGAUUCUGCCUUGCACUCACUCUUGAUCACAACUGCACAGAACUGCACUCAUCUCUGAUUCCUCCCGUGACUGUCUCGUGACAGUCCAACACAUACACACUUCUUGGCCCUGACAGGCCAAGGGAACAAAACAUCCUCACUUUGAGUAAAUAAUCUCCAUAUUGCAUUCCACUCUGGCACAGCAAGCAAGAGAAGAAUUAUGUUUUUCCUUCUUCACUGCUUGUUUCACAACUUCUCUCUGUUCAGAGGGCAUGUGAAUACCACACCCAGCCAUCAGUGCUUCUUAGCAACUCAAUGGGAAGAAAUUCCAUAGGUAAUAAGGAAAGAACAGAAAAAACCCAACCCCCAACAACUGGCUGAGAUCGUUCAUUGGUGGAGAAAAGUGAAUUACAGUGAGGAAGUUUCUUUCCUGUUUAACACGGGCGGGUUGAAAGUUGGCCUGGGGACGCCUGGGCACGGAGCGGCUGGGAAGGGUGGGCUCACGCCAUUGCAGAGGAGGGGAGAAGCGCUUCCACUUCCUAUGUUCCAUCCAUGGAAAGUUUUUUCCAAGAUUUUAGGGCAGAGGUGGCUCUCGGACUCCUGGGACAGAUCCACGAGUGGGGAGGCCAUGCCCCUCGUGACGGACGGCAGGGAACAGCCACUCUAAGAGGGGCUGACGUGACAUCUGCCAUUGCCCUGAGAAUGGCCGGGAGAUGGGGCGAGGGAGCAGUCCCAGGACCCGUGGCCGCUGUUGCGCCUCUUGGCCCCUGCUCUGGCUGGGCGGGGUGGCCGCUGCUGUGCAGCCACAGCCUGGCUCGUCCCCCACCCCUGGGCCCCACCCGUGCCGGCCCAGAGGGGGCUGGGAGUGUGAAAUCUAUGGGCAGGAGUGUCACCACCCUGGGCGGCACCGAUUUUGCUGCUGUGAGGGGCAGGGGAAAGGCGGAGUUGAGUCCCUCAAGGAAGCUGAUGUCACCUUUGUAGGCAGGAACGACUAUCGCAGUUGCCAUAGUAAUGAGUUUUGUUUUAGAGAGACACGAGAACCGCUGUAAGCACUGACACAGCUCGAGCAUGGGCGUGCCGGGAGUGCCCCCGGGCGGGUGUGCCUGCAUUGGGAAUCUGUCCCCCGGCCAUGUGGCGGACAUUGAGCACUCUUUGUGCUGUUAAGCACUCAAAAAAGAAAUCAUUUUUCAGGCUUCCUUAAAACAGGCUCAAAGUAAACAGAGUCCUGUGUUAACAAAUACCUUAGAAUGGAAACUGAGCCAAGAUGCUAUAAAGGCUGUUAGUGCCAUAGGGGUAAAAGAAAUGAGACCUUUCUUCCAACCUUUAAAACAUUAAUUAGAUAAACACUGGAUUUAUCAGUUUCUCUAUUUGCCAAAUUCUCCUAAGAAAGAUUUAUUGGAAUUCUGCAAAAGGAAGAAAGUAACCGAUAGUUUAGUAUGGUUUACUGAAUUAAAUUUUAAAAGUACCUUCUUCAGCAUCCCUGAGAAUAGGAAAAGCCAAGUACUUAUUGCUAUUACAUGGAAAAAUCCUGAAUCAGGGAAAAAGAGCCAGCUCACCAAGACAGUCCUGCCUGAGGGUUUAAGGCACAGCCCAACUGUAAUGUGAUUUAGGUAAUUCAUGCUUAUAUAGAAUAUGAUGGGAAUAUAUGUUUAAAAUAAAUAUUUGAAAGUGUUUCAAAUCCACAUGGGGAGCCGAGGGAUUGUCUCAUACCGGGAGACUGCCUCAUGCCAUUGCAAAACUGCUAAUAGCAGUGAGGAAAGGCCUAAUUUACAAUCGAAAGAGCCUGGCUCUGGAGAUGAGUCUUUACUCAAGAGCCACCUGGACAAUCAAUACACGACAAGUACUGAGAUCAAGAUAGCAGGAGCCAUCGGAGAACUUGCAUGCCAAUGCCAUAUUCCUGUAACUCAACAUCAGCAUUCAUCCCUUGCUGGGAACUACAUUGUCCAGUCCAGCGCAGAGAAAGGAGACAACAUGAAUAUGUUUAACUAUGAAAAGAACAAGAGAGACUCUGCCUUGGGCAAAUUAAAGUGUAUACAAACCGCCCGGACACACACACUGGCAUGAACAGAGGGGGUUCCGAUGCAAUAGAGGUCGGACCAGCGUUCACCCAGCGUCAAACCUAGGGUCGACGCUGUCCCUUUGAUUGUGGCUAUCGAGACUGUAUAUUGGUCGCAAAAUAAAUUAUAUUUUUAUUAAUUAUUGAAUUUGCUGUAUCGAUUUUUACCUAUAACACCAACUAUAUUCAGAAAUCAGCUGGAAAAGAAAGUGGAGAACUGGAAAAGUCAGCAAAUGAGAAUUGCUGCAUCCAACCAGCAGCCAAGAAUUGCUACAUCCAACAGUUGCAUGCAACUCACUAUAAGUUUGUUCCAUGAACAUCAGCGAUAGGUAUCUUAUGUUACUGAAACAGGGUAAUGUUAUUCUGAAAAUGUUUGCUGUUAAUCCUGGUAUGUCUCUGUUCCCAACACUAACUGAUAAUAUAUCUGAGUAUGACUUUGCAGACCAUGGAAGAAGCCUAUUCCAGCAGACCAAACAUGAAGGAUGUGCCAGACUGGAAGCUGUGUGCAGACAAAAGCAGCUUCAUGUGAGAUGGUGAACAGGUGACAAGUUAUGCAGUGACAACCACGAACCAGGUAACCAGGCAAAAGACCUUGCCAUCAAAUGUAUCAUCACAGAGAGCUGAAUUGAUUACAUCAUUAAAAGAUCUAGAACUGAGCAAAGUUAUCUGGAAGGAAAGAGGACUGGCAACUAUUGAAGGUAAUGGAAUUGAACACACUGAACAGACCCAUGCACUGCUACAGAGUAUUUGGGAAUGUACAGAAGCAGCUUUUAUGCAUUGCAAAGCUCAGCAAAACAGGAAAACAACUCCUGAAUUAAAGAAUUGUUUUUCUGGUGAAAUAGUAAAAGGAGGGGCUGCAAAAAAAAAAAA